GCAUGACAAUAUUUAAAGCGACGCAACCGUAGAUCUCGUGAACGUUUUCCACCGGCGCUCGCGAGGAAACAGAAGCUUUCCGCGAACAGUCUUCGCUCAGGCUCUGACGAACGAAGUUAGGAUGGUUAAUCAGAUCGCCUCCUUGUCCUAUUUAGUGGAAAGUACUGGUGUCAAAGACGGAACUGCAGAUUUCGAGAAGGCAAUCAAACUUUGCGGAUACGGAAAGUUUCACUAUGGUUUCCUGUUGCUGUGUGGAGUAAUGUUCCUUUGUGUUGGAUGUCAAAAUGGAAUAAAUGCAUACAUUUUACCGUCCGCCGAAUGUGAUCUCAAAUUAACAUCCGAACAAAAAGGACUUUUAAAUGUCUUCUUUUUAUUAGGUGGAGUUGUAAGUUCCCUAUUUUGGGGAGUAUUCGCUGAUGCCUAUGGCAGAAGAUACAUUCUCCUCCUAACUUUAUUCACUGACAGCAUUUUAUCAAUUGGAGGCAGUCUUUCGCAGAGUUUCAAUGUACUGCUGAUAUUCAGGGCACUCAGUGGAUUCUUCAUUGGUGCUCCUGGUUCUCUAGUCUAUUCGUACCUCGGUGAAUUUCAUGCAGAGAAACAAAGAGUGAAAACAAUAUGUUACGUUGGUUUCUUUUGGACCCUAUCGUGGUUAAUAUUGCCUGGUUUGGCCUGGAUCAUCAUACCAUUACCACUUUCCUUUCAAUUCAACGGAAUAGUAUAUAAUUCUUGGCGUCUCUUCUUGGCCGUAAUUGGAAUACCAACCAUGUUAAUUACUCUAAUAGCUACCAGGUAUCCUGAAAGCCCGAAAUUUUUGGUCUCUCAAGGCAGAACGGAGGAGGCGUUAGCUAUUUUGCGAAAGAUCUAUGCGAUUAAUACUGGACACCACGAAGACGAAUAUCCCGUAAAAAUGCUGUUGCCUGACGAUACGAUGAGUAUUACCGGUAAUAAAUCAUCCUAUUCUAACAAAGACAGUGUACUGACGGAAUUGUUGAGGAACGUUUGGCAACAAAUGCGAUGCCUUGCAUCACCGCCACUUUUGAAAUAUGCACUCUUAUGUUGGACCAUAUACUUUGCAAAUAUGUUUGGAUACUACGGUUUCGGUUUAUGGUUACCAGAACUGUUCAAUCGCUUUGAAAACUACCAUAACUUGCAUCCAAAUCGUACAGUGAGCGUAUGCAAAUUGGUGCGCGAAACAAAUCUCGAACUUGCCGUAGCGGCUCCGAAAAAUAUUUUAGUCGAUUCAGUAGGCAUUGUGAACGAGUGUUCUCCAAACAUGGAUGAAAUGGUCUUCAUUAAUUCAUUAACGAUCAAUGCCUUUUGCCUUCUUGGAAACAUUGUGUCCGGUUAUUUAGCGAAUCGCGUUGGCAGAAGAACAAUACCAGUAACGACCAUGUUAUUGGCUGGCGUCUUCGGUUUCAUGAUCUAUUUUGUCACGUCUUCCGUGCAAAUUCUCAUGGUGAGCUGCAUGUUCUCGUUGAUGAUAGUCACGGCAAAUUUCGUCAUCAGCAGCAUCGUGGUCGACAUAUUCCCGACACACGUAGGCGCCGUAACCAUUUGUAUGAUGACCUGUUUCGGCAGAAUCGGUGCAAUCGCCAGUAAUCUGGCUUUUGGAAUGUUGCUGGAUAUCAGCUGUGAAGUGCCGAUCUUCUUGGUCGGCAGUAUAGUAAUACUUGGUGGAUUGCUUGCCUUCGUUCUUCCAAAGAAAAAGAGCUGAACCUGUCCUCCAGUAUAAAAACGAAAGAAAACAAGAAUAAAAUACACUACGCUUA